AUGAACGACUGUAACACAAAAAGACCAGAAUACCAAAUAUUCGCAGAGAAAUUAAAAUCAUGUGCAACAAACAAAAACAUCAACUUAGGAAAAUGCCUUCACAGCAGUGCAAUAAAACUAGGUUUGAACUCAUGUCUUUUAGUAUCAAAAGCACUUCUUAACAUGUAUGCAAAAUGUAAAUAUAUAAAUGAAUGUAAUCAUAUUUUUAAACAAAUAAAUAACCCAGAUAUUGUCACAUAUAACAUUAUGUUAUCAGGCUUAGCUGCUACUUAUGUAAAUGAUAUAGAUGUGAUUAAAAUGUAUAAAUAUAUGAAUAUGUUUGACCGGUUUAAGCCGAAUGCAGUUAGUGUGGCUAUCGUGGCACCGGUUUGUGUGAGGUUUGAGAGUGAAGGGUUAGGGAAGAGUGUGCAUUCGUAUGCGGUGAAAGUCGGGUUGGAGAGGGAAACGCUUGUUGGGAAUGCGCUUGUUUCGAUGUAUUUUAAGAUGAGGUUGGGGGAAAAUGAGGCGUAUAAGGUGUUUGAUGAAAUGUCUGAACGAGAUGUUGUUUCUUGGAAUGCGGUUGUUGCUGGAUUGGUUGAGAAUGGGUUGGUGGUUGAAGGAUUUGGGAUGUUUAGAGAGAUGGUUUUGGAAAGGGUGUGGCCUAAUUAUGCGACGGUUGCUAAUGUUUUGCCGGUUUGUGGUUUGGUUGGUGGUGAGUAUGGGUAUAGGUUUGGGAAGGAGAUUCAUUGUUAUGCGAUUCGUAGGGAAGAUGUGUUUGGUGAGGUAUCUGUUGUGAAUUCUCUUGUGGGGUUUUACUCGAGAAUGGGACGGAUGAAGGAAGCUGAAUGUUUGUUUAAAACGAUGCGUUUGAGAGAUCUGGUUUCUUGGAAUUCUAUGAUUGCGGGUUAUGCCUCAAAUGGUGAAUGGUUGAAAGGGUUGGAGUUGUUUCAAGACUUUAUCUUUUUGGGUUUAACCAAACCCGACCCUGUUACUUUCCUGACCAUUCUCUCUGCUUGUGCAAAUUUACAGAAUUUGCAGGCGGGGAAGCAAAUUCAUGGCUAUAUGAUCCAUCAUCCUAGCCUAUAUAAUGUUACAUCCGUCGGGAAUUCUCUGAUAAAUUUUUACUCAAAAUGUGGUGAUCUGGAUGCUGCAUAUCGGUCAUUCUCAUUGAUUCAUAAUAAAGACUUGAUAUCGUGGAAUUCAGUACUUGAUGCACUUGCUAUGGGUCGACUUGUAAAAGAGUUUCUUCAGCAGCUACAUUGUAUGUUGAGAGCAGGUAUAAAACCAGAUUAUAUAACUAUUGUAACUGCACUUCAACUUGGGGCCGAUAUAUUUCAAAUGUGUAAAGUUAAAGAAGCUCAUGCUUUUUCGGUUAGAUCUAAUUUGUUUUUAGGCAGUAGAGAACCUACUCUUGCUAAUGCUUUAAUUGAUGCAUAUGCGAGAUGUGAGAACAUGGAGUAUGCUUCAAAGAUAUUCAAGAGUUUAGAGGGAAAUAGGAAUAUCGUGACAUGUAAUUCUUUGAUAUCUGGAUAUGUCAAUAGUGGUUUCCAUGAUAAUGCAAAGAUUGUAUUCAACAGCAUGACUGAAAGAGACUUAACAACUUGGAAUUUAAUGGUUCGAGCAAAGGCUAUAAACGGUUACCCUGAUCAAGCUAUUGAUCUGUUCCAUGAGUUGCUGAACUGUGGAAUGAAACCUGAUACGAUGACCAUAAUGAGUAUCCUUCCUGUUGCUACUCAAAUGGCUUCAGUUCAGAUGCUAAAGCAAUGCCAUGGUUAUCUGGUUAGAUCUUGCUUUCAAGAUGUACAACUUAAAGGAGCGUUUUUGGAUGCUUAUUCAAAAUGUGGAAGUAUCACCUCUGCACGUAAGCUUUUUAAUUCAUCUUGUUAUAAAGACCUGGUUAUAUAUACAUCUAUGGUGGGAGGCUAUGCAACUCAUGGCAUGGGAGAAGAAGCUCUUCAGGUUUACUAUCAAAUGGUUGAAAAUGGCGGAAAACCUGAUCAUGUUAUAAUAACCUCUAUAUUAUCUGCUUGUAGUCAUGCGGGGCUAGUACAUGAAGGUUUGAAAAUUUUUCAUUCAAUAAAUGAUUUGUAUAAAGUUAAACCAACCAUGGAGCAAUAUGCUUGUGUUGUGGAUCUUCUUGCACGAAAUGGUCGAAUCACUGAUGCAUAUAAUUUUAUUACUACAAUGCCUGUCGAACCAAAUGCUACCGUAUGGGGGGCUUUGUUGGGUGCUUGUAAGAAUUACAAUGAAGUGGAAAUCGGAAGUAUUGUUGCUGACCAGCUUUUGAAAAUUGAGGAGAAUAAUCUGGGUAAUUAUGUUGUGAUGUCGAAUAUAUAUGCUGCUAAAUCUAAAUGGGAAGAAGUACUGGAAAUAAGGCGGUUAAUGAAGACGAAACAUCUGAAAAAGCGGGCUGGAUGUAGUUGGAUUGAAGUCGAUGGGAAGAAAAAUGUGUUUAUAGCUGGAGAUACUUCUCAUCCUUUAAGAACAAGUAUUGUUUUAGUGUUAUGUAACUUAGAUAAACAAGUCAAGGAGCGAUUUCAUAUGUGAAUAGCUUAGAGAUGGCAAUCUCGGCCCAUUUACUUAUAAAGAGGCUCUUUUGGGUUACAUUCAUCUUAGGGUGUAGUUGAUUGAAUAAAUUAUCUUAAAAAAGGAUUAUUGGGUUAGCCCGACCUGUUUCAACCAGCACCAAACAUUACCUGUAUUGCCGCAUUACCCAGCCCACCCAAUCUUAACAUUUUGGCAGCUCAGUGAAGAUAACUCGACAAACGGUACGCGAUAACAAUACCACGUCAUUAAUUGUUCGGCAGCACAUAUCCAAUAGCA